AACAAUUGUGACAAUUAAAUUGCUAGCUGUUGAAGAUUAUUUACCAUGGCGUACUCAGUUUGAGUCUUUCCUGGUGUCUAAUGGUCUUUUGGGUAUUCUUGAUGGUUCCUUACCUGCUCCGCCAUUAUAUACCUAUGAUUUGUAUCACACAAAAACCAUGAACCCUGAGUAUUAUCAUUGGCUGAAAUUAGACCAGACUGUUCGUUUUUGGUUGUUUGCUACCCUCUCUCGUGAUAUUCUUGUUGAGGUGCAUCAAUUAAAGAAUUCUACAGCCAUAUGGGAACGUUUGGAGGCUCGUUUCAUGGCUGCCAGUCUGGCUCGAUCCAUGGAAUUAAAACACAUGCUGAGUCACAUGAAAAAGAAAGACAAUCAGUCAAUGGACCAAUAUUUACUUGAAAUCCGGAAAAUUGUUGAAUCCUUGGCCUCAAUUAAUUCUCCAGUUUCUGACCAUGAUCUCUUACAAACUGCUCUCCUGGGGUUGUGUCCGGGAUAUGAGUCACUUGUAGGCCCCUUAACUUUAUUUCCGGAGGGUCUCACGUUUGAUAAAUUAUGCACCAAACUUGUCCAUCAAGAGGCUCGGCUUCACUAUCAACAGCGUUUGGAGACUACAGUUGGCGCCCCAGCCUUUGCAGCACACGGCCAGCUUCCUGCUGGAACCGGCCAGCAGCAGCCGCAGCAGGCGUCCGCCGCACAGCAGCAGCAGAACGGCCAGCGCGGAAGUCACAGUCGCGGCAGGGGAUCUCGCGGUCGUGGUCGUGGACGCGGUGGACAGUACUUGCAGCAGCAGUAUCCCGGCGGCCACCAGUACUAUUACAGAAAUGGACAGCAGCCACAUCAGCCGUAUGGGACCCACGGCAGAGGCCUUCUUCCAUCACCACCUAUGUAUAUACCGGGUACAGUUAAUUGUAAUUCAGUUGAGUCAUUGUUUUAUAUUCUGCACCAUAUACUUUUUGUGCUAACUAUGCUUCUGUAGGAUCUUCACCCUUUGAGAAUAAUUUUGGUUCUGUUCCUCCACCAGUUGUCUGUCUAAUCUGUCACUCGCCAGGUCAUUCUGCAGUUAACUGUCCAUCCCGUUUUGCUCAACCUUCCGCCCCUGCUUUAGCUGUUCCUACUGGAGAAUCUUCUUUCACUUUUGGUACCCUGACUCUGGCGCUUCCGCUCAUAUGACCCCUACUGAAGGACCACAAUUCGGGGGAGGUGCUUCUUAAAGCUCCUAAUCAAGGUGGUGUUUAUCCUAUUUCCUGGCCUGAUCCCUCAUCAGUUGCUUUAGCUACUCAUGUUGCUUCUGGACCUGUCUGGCAUCGACGUCUGGGACACUGUGGCAGCCGUAUUUUAGAUAAACUUAAAAAGUCUGGUUCUAUUUUUAGUAAUUCUAAUUUUUCCCAUGAUUGUAUUUCUUGUCGGUUAGGAAAAUCUCAACGGUUACCUUUUCAAGAAGUUUGACAUAAAUCUACUGUCCCUUUAUUUUUGGUUCAUUCUGAUAUAUGGCAAUCACCUGUUUUGUCUA